UCUUAGGCGUCUAUCUUGCCGCAGAUUUGCGAAAACAACGUGCGGCUGUGAUGUGCUUCGAUGACGCCGGUCCGACUGUUUUUGCUUCCUACCGCGAGGACAAGACGCACCAAUCCUAUAGGUGCAACCCCGGCGCAACUACAGCUUUGGUAAAACACCAAGUCGACUCUGUAGAGAACGUGCAAUAGAAAAUUCAGAAUGAAUAGGGCUGAAUGGGUCGAGCGCUAUAGAGGUGAUAUAUCUCUGCCAAAUAGGGAUGAGGUAGUAAAUAAUGCACUGCAGACUCGGAGAAAGCAGGCACACCUCAAGUAUGAGAGUCUCCCAGAGGUCACCCUCUCCGCCGUCACUACUACUAGCCAAGCAAAAUCAUCCAUUCCUGUGCCAAAGCAGUGGUCCUACACCGGUAGAAAGCCGGUUAUAUCAUCCUCUCUCGCCAACACUCCCUGCACCAGCCUCGGCGUUGCUGGACUUCUAGAGAAACUCAAUUCCGCGCUCGGAACGUCAUACACUUUGGAAACCCCUUCCUUAUCCUCUCUUCUUGAAGCCUACAGCACCAAGGACUACGACUUUGGUACUGUCUAUGCUCACCUACGCCCAGUUUGGUACGAUGGAUUGACCGAUGCCAAAAACGAGCUACAUGCCUACGAAAUACAGGACCGGGAGAUGCGACAAGAUGUACUCAUGAAUAACAAGAUCGUUGCCAGCUCAAUGCCUCCUCGAUGCACCUGGGAUCUAUACAGCAAUCGUGUUGUGCCAUGGGGGAUAUCCCAUGCAUGGAUGGAAGAGAAAGAUCGUGCGGAUGUGCUGACACCCAUCAACGGACAUGAAUGGCCUGUGCCCAUUCCAAAGGAUGCCGACCUUGGUCGCAUCCGCAUCGAGAUGCUCAAUCUGGGUGCGGAGUAUGUGUGGUUAGACGUUCUCUGUUUGAGACAGAAAGGUGGGCGGAGAGAGGAUCUGCGUGUGGAAGAGUGGAAGGUGGACGUGCCUACCAUUGGAUCACUGUAUCGGGGUGUGACAGAGAAGGUGGUGUGCUACAUCAGUGGGCUAGGACGGCCUUUGAGUUUGAAGGCAGGUGACUUUGAGAGUGAUCGGUGUUGGUUCAGACGUGCAUGGACGCUGCAGGAGAUCAGCACAGAUCCAAUCAUUGGUGGGGAUACAGGUGAUAACAGGGCCAUGCAAGAGGAGAUACAAGCAAGGUUUGAGAAGGAUCUGUCAUUAUUGCGUCAGAUGCAAGCACAGUUCAACGUGUUUGGCCGCCCGAGCGCACUAUCAGAGAUGCAGAAGCGGGUGUCAACAAAUCCUGUGGAUAAAGUUGCAGGGUUGGCAUACCUUCUGAGAUCAGAUAGGAUACCGGCGUACUACGAGGCCCAGUCUGAAGAGGAUGCAUGGACAGCGCUGGUGGAUGUGAUGCUUGAUGAGUUUCGGGCGGAAUUUCUCUUCCGAUAUCCUAAACCUGGGAAUGGAAACAAAAGUUGGAGACCAUCGUGGAGGCAGGUUAUGACUGAGGUGCUUCCAUCAUACCAUCUACCUAUAGGGAUUGGGCAGGUGGACCGGAAGGAGGAGGAUACAGAUACCGACUGGUAUUGGGGACAUUGUAUUGAAUCUGGUUAUGUGCGAGGAUUGGCCGAAGGACCGCAGGACGGGGAACUGCGACAGGGAGAGUUGCUCGUCGAAGAUAACACUGGGACAAAGCACGUAUUCAACAUCGUUGCCGACCACCAAUACCCAAUACCAGACGGCUUAUACACCCUGAUAGGCAGUGAACCAUUUAUGUUUGGCGUUCCUUUCAUCCGAGUGCAACAUUGGGCAGUUGGGCGAAGAUCUUCAAUGCAGGAGUUUGACAAAGUUUCAGUGUUCACGAUGCUCGACAGGGAAGAAGUGAAGAGGGUGCUGGAUCUGGGUGUCUCCACGGAGAUUGUGAACAUUCUUGCUUAG